CCGAGCCGCCGUUGCUGCCGCGCGUAGCGCCGUCCUGCGCCGCCCCUCCGGGCCCGGCGGGAGCAUGGGGCUGAGGAUGGAGAGCGGCAGCAGGCGGAGCCAAGCGAAUGAAUAUCCAGCUGUUGUCAUUCCCAGAUGUGGUCCAGCAAGUCCGUUUAAAGGACACUUAAGUACCAAGAGUAAUACUUUCUGCAUUGACUCCUCUCGAAGCCUAACUAACCAAUACCUGAUCAGAGAUCACAUGGUUUUUCAUUAUAGCAGAAUCCUUUCAGCCAAAGCAGCUGUAGACUGUUCAGUGCCCAAAAGUAGGUUGAACAGCAUCAAACUUGCUGACCAGCGAAGAAGAGAGAAACUGAAAAAGAAGAUAGCCAGAUGUGAAGAGGAAAUGAGUGUGGGCAAAACUGCCUCCCGAUCCAGCUCGAGAGAGAGUGGAAGGCUGCUGCCAUCCUCUUUUGGAAAGAGUUUCUUGGAAGCAGAAGACAAAGACAGUCCCUUCCCUUGCGCUCAGCAGGCACAAUACCUAUCAAGAGUGCUGUCUCCUUACGGCAAGCAUGGCUUGGUUCACUCCAGUCCAGUAAAAUACACCAGAAAAGAUUGUCAGAGUAAAUCUAAUGCAUCUAACUCAAACUCAAGUGUCAGUAUGUCAAGUACACCAAGAAAACGCUCUGGACUAUCAUGCAGUUGCUCCACUGAUAGUUUUGUGAGCAUUAGUCAUUCCCAGAGGUGCAAAGGAAGCAACUCCAAAGAACGUGGUGGGGAUCUUCUAGACAGGCACUCUGAAUUCUUUACUGAUAGCCGAAAACCUUUUACUCCACGCACCUUAAUAUCAGAUGCUAAAUCUUCCCUGUCAGAGUACAGGUAUUACACUCCUGCUCGAAGGAAAAGGAAAAAUCACUGUAAGCAGCAUGUGGAAGCUCAAACGCAAACUGAUGUGAUCAGCUUUCAAUCUGCAGACAGAGCAUCUGAGAGAAAAGUCAUGACUGAACAGCAGAAGAUCACAUUUAAGGCUGAAGAUAAAAGAUACACUGUGGAUGAACCCGAGAGAGGAAUAGCUGCUUUUCCAUACUCCUUUCUAAGGGAGUCAUCGUUGUAUUCUCAGCAGCCUUCAGCAAGGAGGACUAUAGAGGCUGAAGAAGAAGAGCUUUUAUAUUUAGCUUUCAUUGAAGAUGUAACAAAUGACAUUCUUAGCCUCGGGCUGUUUUCUAACAGAGUUCUGGAACAACUGUUUGAGUGUCAUAUUCAAGAAAAUAAGAACCGUCUGGAUGAGAGCAAAAUGCGCCACUUCUUGGACGUGCUGAAAGCAGAUCUGGGCUGCAGCCCAGGCACUGGUGCGGAGCAUAUCCACACAGGCUGGGAAGCCUUUGACUCACUGGAUCUGCAAGAAUUUGGUAUGAUGGAAGAGCCUGAGUUUACCAGUACAAGUCAGAGGCAAAGAAAAGCUACAGAAAGUGAGGAAUUCUUUGGGAACAUGGAUUUACCAUUAAAGGAACCAAGCAAAUGUGAAUCACCAGUAUUCAGGGAAAGUUCAAAGGGGAGACAGAGCAAGGAUGACUUCUCAGAAGGUGUCGCUGAGAUGCUGGAUGCUGGGAUGGAGUCUGAUUCUUGUGUGAAAUCUGAAGACAGCCCAGACACUUCACCCUCACGUGAGGCAACUUUAAACUUGAUUACUUGUGACAGUGAUUUGGAAGCCAGCAAGGGACUUGAUGAUCUUGAGGAAAGCUUUGCCGGCACCCUUCAGAUCUCACAUGACUAUUAUGAGUAGUAGCCAAAACGUAGCUGUUAAAUGGCGAUAGAGCUAGUUCUGUGGAGAACUGCCAUUUUUUAAAUAGUAAACUAUUUAUUUCUGUUUAAAUGCUGCUAAAAUCUAAAAUGCUAAAAAAUAAUUGGGCAUUAACUAAUCUCUGUAUUAAUAUAGACUCUAAAGGGUAGUUAUACAAUAUUUUUUUGUUAUUUUGUCUAUAAUUGUAUAACGGGACAAAUUUUUGACAAUAUUAAGAUUAGAUAUAUAUUUUUAGAAAGAUGUAAUAGUAAGUUAUGAAAUAUUUAUUUUUUAUUUAUAAUAAAUUAAUUGCUAGUGCA